UGCUCCGAGCCAAGGGGAAAUGGCCACUUAACAAAGCCCCGACUGUGUGCAGUCCAGCAACUGAAAACAGAGCGGGAAACAGGAGAGGUAGUUAGAAAGUGCGAGGAGACUCAGUUUGUGACUUCACUGCAGAUCUGCAGAGGUGCAAUGCCAAGGGUGCACACUCUGAUGGAUGCCGCUCACCUGUAGUACGUCUCGUAUAUCCUGAAACGAGCGCAACAGAGAACAGAACAAUCUGAUUGCUGACUUCACAAGCUGCAUGGGGGUUCUAGUGUGCUGUGACUGCUUCUUUUACAGGAAAUCCAAAACGAAGCCCAAUGGAAAGAAAAUGCCUGCGGAAGAGAAGAAGCACUACUUAGAGCCAGAGUACACAAAAGUUCGGGUUGUGGACUUUGACCUCAAGGAGUUGGUGGCGCUCCCCACCAAAGAGAUAGACCUCAACGAAUGGCUUGCCAACAACACAACAACCUUCUUCAAUCUCAUAAACCUGCAGUAUAGCACAAUCUCAGAGUUUUGCACUGGGGACACUUGUCAAGCCAUGACAGCCUGUAAUACAAUAUACUACUGGUAUGACGAAAGGGGGAAAAAGACGAAGUGCACAGCACCUCAGUAUGUCGAUUUCGUGAUGAGUUUUGUGCAGAAAUUAGUGACGGAUGAAGAAAUCUUUCCCACAAAAUACGGCAAACCAUUUCCAAAUUCAUUUGAGUCUCUGGUGAAGAAGGUGUGCCGGUAUCUGUUUCAUGUGCUGGCGCACAUCUACUGGGCGCACUUUAAAGAGACCGUUGCUCUGGAGCUACAGGGACACUUGAACUCACUAUACGCACAUUUCAUCGUCUUCGUCAGGGAAUUCAACCUGAUCGACCCUAAAGAGACCUGCAUCAUGGACGACCUGUCGGAGGUGCUGUGCACCCCCCUGCCCCCCAUUCCACACAAUCAUGUGACCGAGAGAUGAUCUGCCUGCACCAGAACUCUUAGAACAAAGAAGGGGAUGAAGAUGAUAUAAACUGCGAGGCCUCCUGUCUGGGCCAGAGGCCUUGAACUUGCCCCUUCUUAACUUUCCCUCACCAUCUUGAAAAGAUCUGGUCAGAAGGUGGGAAAAGAGGCUGAAAGACUCUGAUGUACCAGCACAGUAUGGUGUGAAUGUUUCAUCCAGGACAAAAACAGUCAUUUAUAGUGGAACUUGUAUUUUAUUUUGCUUUUAUUUCAUUAUGUUUGCGCAUGCGCUCUUGGAGGUUGUUUGUUUUUUAUUUUAUCUUGUUUUAGGGAAUGGUAUUUCUGCUCUGCUCUCAUCUUUGCCUUAGAUACAUAUAGCUAAGGUAUUGUCUGUUAAUAUGCAACGUUUAGAAAAUUAUUGUUGACUUCUGGCUCCCCCUUGUGGAGGGAGUGAAGUCACAUAAAGACUGACUGUGCAGCAGUUAACACAAAAUGACUUGCCUGUACCAAAACUAUAUAUUUUUUUCUUUACCUCCUCUAGCACCAUUUCCAAGUCAAAUUAAGUUUCUGUCUCUAUAAGACGUCUCUGGUUUCUAAUUUUUCUGAUUCUGAAUUUCUGCGAGAAGUUUGGAGAUUGUCGCACAAAGUGGAAUCUAAGUUUUUAAAGAGAUUUUUAAAGGUUCAAAAUGUAUCGCCUUGAACAAGGGUUUGAUGGAUUGACUGAUGCUCUGGAGGUCUCUUGACAAGGACAUAUGUGAUAUAAGCAUGUCUGCUCGCUUAAAGAGAUGCUGCAGAUGGAGACAAAUAAUUGUUGCAUGGUAGUUGACUUACUGUGUUGCAUUGAUGAGAGAGCACAUCCUCCAAUGUUGCAACCCUUAUUUUUUAUUUAGCUUUUUUCUUGUUUAAGUUAUCAGAGGUCAUGAAUAUUAUGGCAGCCCACACGUGUAAAAAAUGCACAUUAAGUUUGCUUUUUUGUAAGAGAUUGUAACUAUAUAAAGGAAUCACAAUAAUUGCCUUUAGCGAGAGAGGCUUGCCUUUCUCCUUUUUAUUUUAUUUAUUUGGACUUUAAAAAAAAAAUCUAUUUGCAGAGUUCUUCAGUUCUUGCUUUCUUUUAAGUAUUUUAAUUAAGUUAAAAUCCACUUAAUAUUUUAAGCUCUGCGAAAUAUAAUCAAAUAAAAACAAGAAAUGCCUCCUUA